AACAAGCGAUUUUUAGAUUCUUUCUUAUGCCGAAUUUGUGGGUUGUAAGCAAUUGCUCUGUCCUUCAUCACCAUUUCAAUGAGAUCACAGCAAACUCGUUUUCCUUCCAAAUCUUUCGUUGGCAAAUCCGUGAAAGAUGUCUCCUUUGACCGUUUGACAGAACCGCAUGAGCAUUGAAUCUCUCUCCACCGCACUAAUCUCACAAGAUCUUCAACGCAGUCACAGUCCACGCUGUAGUUUAGAUGUCACCGUUUAUUGUGGAUAAAGUGAGCUGCUACUUCGCUGUCAAUAUCAAAUUUAUGGAACUGUAGAUGGGUUCUCUGGAAUCCGGGGUUUCAUUGAAGAGAGACCAUCCUCUUCGUUCCUCAUCAGCUGGGAGGACUGAUAGACUCAAACCCAGAUCGAGAUGGUCACGUUUCUUGCUCUUCAAGAAGCUGGACUACAUCCUAUUGAUAUGUGCAAUGGGCGUUUGCAUCUGCUUUUUAUUUCUGUUUCAAAUGUUUUUGCCUGGUUUGAAAGUGGAGAAGUCAGGAAGUUCAUGGAGAGACGGCGGAAUGGAUUAUGGGAAUCUGAUGGGUCUUAAGGAGAUGGGCGGCUUAGAUUUUGGAGAGGGUAUUAGAUUUGAGCCUUCCAAGAUUUUGAAUAAAUUCCAAAAGGAAAAUGAAGGGGUGAAUCUGUCAAACAGGACACUGCAGCGUUUUGGAUUAAGGAAACCACAGCUUGCAUUGGUUUUUGCCAAUUUAUUGGUGGAUCCACAACAAUUGCUGAUGGUGACUCUGGCAACCGCAUUGCAGGAGAUUGGCUACACAAUUGAGGUUUAUUCUCUUGUAGAUGGUCCUGCACAUAUUAUUUGGAAAGAGAUAGUAGUUUCAGUCUCCAUUGUUGAAAUUAGCCACAAGGCCGUGCCUGCUGUUGAUUGGCUCAACUAUGACGGCAUACUAUUGAACGCUCUGGAGGCAAAGGAUGUCUUUUCAUGUUUUAUGCAGGAGCCUUUUAAAUCUAUACCUCUUAUAUGGACUAUCCAUGAAGCAGAUCUUGCUAUUCGUUCAAGACUAUAUGCUUCAGCUGGGAAGACUGACCUUCUAAAUGACUGGAAAAAGGUUUUUAACCGUGCUACAGUUGUUGUCUUCCCAACCUAUGCCCUGCCGAUGCUCUACUCUGCAUUUGACACUGGAAACUAUUACGUCAUUCCUGGUUCUCCUGCGGAAGCAUGGGAAGCAGAGAAUAUGAUGGCAUCUUACAAAGAUAAUCUACGUGUGAAGAUGGGCUAUGGGCCUGACGACAUUGUCAUUGCAGUUGUGGGAAGUGAGUUCUUGUACAGGGGCUUGUGGCUGGAGCAUGCACUUGUUUUACAGUCUUUAGUACGGCUUUAUGCGGUUGAUAAUCUAACUUCGAAUCUCAAAAUUCUUGUUUUAAGUGGGCAUUCAACAAAUAAUCACAGUGCAGUUGUGGAGGCCAUCGCUCUUAAAUUAAGUUAUCCUACUGGUGCUGUGAAGCACAUAUCUGCUGAUGGGGAUGCAGAAGGUGUUUUAAGCAUGGCUGAUAUUGUGGUGUAUGGAUCCUUCCUUGAGGAGCAAUCUUUUCCAAAAAUUCUCGUUAAAGCCAUGUGCUUUGGGAAACUAGUUAUAGCCCCAGACCUCUCCAUGAUCAAGAAAUACGUUGAUGACAGGGCGAAUGGGUAUCUUUUCCCUAAGGAGAAAAUUAAGGUUCUGCCACAGAUUAUAUUGCAAGCAAUCUCAAAAGGAAAUUUAUCUCCUUCAUCAAGCAAUGUGGCUUCUUUGGCUAGGAAAACUGCUAAGAAUCUGAUGGUUUCGGAAACUGUUGAUGGUUAUGCUUUGCUACUUGAAAACGUUCUCAAGCUUCCAUCUGAAGUUUCACACCCAAAGGAAAUUAGUGAAAUCCCUUCAAAAUAUAAAAAGGAAUGGCGCUGGCAUCUAGUUAAAGACUUUUUAAAUUCAACAUAUGAAAAUAAAAGCUUGAGAAGUUACAGAUUUUUAGACAAGGUUGAGGAACAGUGGAACAAUACUCACAGGGAGAGCUCUGGUUUCACAGCUGCUACCGAUGACUCAUUUUCGUAUGACAUCUGGGCUGAGGAAAGGUACAAUGAAAUGGUCAAUUCCAGAAGAAGAAGAGAAGAAGAAGAGUUAAAAGAUAGAACUGAACAACCUCAUGGAAAAUGGGAGGAUGUGUAUCGAAGUGCCAAAAGGGCUGAUCGGUUGAAGAAUGAAUUGCAUGAAAGGGACGAAGGGGAGCUUGAAAGAACGGGUCAACCAUUGUGUAUUUAUGAACCAUACUAUGGGGAAGGAACUUGGCCUUUUCUACACAAUUAUUCACUUUAUCGUGGUAUUGGGCUGUCCAGCAAAGGUCGAAGACCGAAGACAGAUGAUAUCGAUGCACCCUCUCGUUUGGCACUUCUUAACAACCCUUACUAUCGAGACAUACUUGGUGAAUAUGGAGCAUUUUUUGCAAUUGCAAAUCGGGUCGACCGGAUUCACAAAAAUGCUUGGGUAGGGUUUCAAUCUUGGAGAGCAACCGCGAGAAAGGCUUCAUUGUCUAGGAUUGCUGAAAAGUCACUUUUAGAUUCAAUACAAUCUCGAAGGCAUGGAGACGCACUCUACUUUUGGGUUCGCAUGGACAUGGAUCCAAGAAACCACUUGCGACAGGAUUUUUGGUCUUUCUGUGAUGCUAUAAAUGCUGGAAAUUGCAAGUUUGCUUUCUCUGAGACCCUUAAGAAGAUGUAUGGCAUAAAGAAUGACUUGGAGUCUUUACCACUCAUGCCUGAAGAUGGUUACACAUGGUCUGUCAUGCAUAGUUGGGUGUUGCCGACAAGGUCAUACCUAGAAUUCGUUAUGUUUUCAAGAAUGUUUGUGGAUGCCCUGGAUGCGCAGAUGUAUGAUGAUCACCAUGAAACUGGGCGCUGUUACUUGAGUUUAUCUAAGGAUAAACAUUGUUACUCGCGGCUGCUUGAGUUGCUUAUAAAUGUGUGGGCAUACCAUAGUGCGAGGAGGAUGGUCUACAUUAAUCCUGAGACUGGCAUGAUGCAAGAACAGCAUAUGUUCCAGAGUAGAAGGGGUAAAAUGUGGAUCAAAUGGUUCUCAUAUUCCACGCUCAAGAGCAUGGACGAAGACCUGGCAGAGGAAGCAGAUAUUGACCACCCCACGAGGCGGUGGUUGUGGCCUUCAACUGGUGAGGUUUUCUGGCAAGGCGUGCUCGAAAGAGAGAAAAAUCAACGUUAUCGACAAAAAGAGAGGAGGAAGCAGCGGAGCAAGGAAAAAAUCUCCCGGAUAAAAGGUAAACGUAGAUAUCAGGUAAUAGGAAGAUAUGUGAGGCCCCCACCAGAGGAUAAAGAAAAUUUGAACUCUACAAUGGCUACACUAAAAGCUAAUAGAUAGAAACUAAUCUAUUGGAGUUUGGCAUCCUUGAAGGUAAAUGUAAUUUGAUAAUUCUUUUUAUUUUUGAUAUUUGUUUUCGUCGAGUAAUCGUUUUGGUAAUUUUUUGAGUGGAGAAGGAUGCAUGAAUUUGUAUUUUGUAUGUGAAAGCCCUUUGUAAGUAACUAAUCUGCAACACUGCAUCCUUCUUGCCUGGAACAUUGAUGAAUGUCUAGGAUGUAUACUACCAUUCUUUUUCUUCCAUCUUUC